AUGUCUGGCACCGGUCCGGCUGUGGGCAUUGACCUGGGCACUACCUACUCCUGUGUGGGGGUCUUCCAGCAUGGCAAGGUGGAGAUCAUUGCCAAUGACCAGGGCAACCGUACCACCCCCAGCUAUGUGGCCUUCACAGACACCGAGCGGCUGAUAGGUGAUGCAGCCAAGAACCAGGUGGCCAUGAACCCCAACAACACGGUCUUUGAUGCCAAGCGAGUCCCCAGCGCCGUGGUCACCGUGCCUGCCUACUUCAACGACUCACAGCGGCAGGCCACCAAGGACGCGGGCACCAUCUCCGGACUCAAUGUGCUGCGCAUCAUCAACGAGCCCACCGCUGCUGCCAUUGCCUAUGGCUUGGACAAGAAGUCCACGGCCGGAGAUACACACCUGGGUGGCGAGGACUUCGACAACCGCAUGGUCAACCAUUUCGUGGAUGAGUUCCGCCGUGCCCGCUUCGAGGAGCUCAAUGGUGACCUUUUCCGUCUGGACAAGGCGCAGAUCAACGAAAUUGUCCUGGUUGGUGGCUCCACCCGUAUCCCCAAGAUCCAGAAGAUGCUGCAGGACUUCUUCAAUGGCAAGGAACUCAACAAGAGCAUCAACCCAGAUGAGGCGGUUGCAUACGGAGCUGCGGUGCAGGCGGCCAUCCUGAUGGGGGACAAGUCGGAGACGGUGCAGGACCUGCUGCUGCUUGACGUGGCGCCGCUGUCGCUGGGCAUCGAGACAGCUGGAGGGGUGAUGACCGCGCUCAUCAAAAGGAACACCACCAUCCCCACCAAGCAGACCCAGACCUUCACCACCUACUCCGACAACCAGAACAGCGUGCUCAUCCAGGUCUAUGAGGGCGAGAGGUCCAUGACCAAGGACAACAACCUGCUGGGGAAAUUCGACCUCACCGGGAUCCCCCCGGCACCCAGAGGGGUACCCCAGAUUGAGGUAAAGGGAUGGAGGGGAAAAGGCAGUACAGGGCGGGCUGGGUACACUGGUUCCUGCUGCAUUGAAAUGAUUUGA